CGGUUAACUAUUUCCUGCAAGGUAUAUCCACAAAAUAAAGUUAUCUAGGCAUUUAUGAGGCUAUUCUACGCCUUAUUACUUCAAUUACAUGCACAAACGUAAUAUAUGACAAACGAACAGCUGUAAGGAACCUCAAAAAUGCUUUUAAGUUAAACAACCAAUUUUUCUAAGUAUUUUUUAACAGUAAACAUAAUAAAAGAACCAUGGCAAAGUGGAAAUUAUGUCGUCAUAAGUUUGGCACAGAGGAGUUUACUUUGGAGGAAGACACAAAAAUAUCCAUUGGCAGAGGAUACGACAAUAAAAUAACUUUGUCGAGCAUAGUGAUAUCGAGAAAUCAUUGUGUUAUAGAAGCACAAAAAGACUGCAUUUUAAUUACAGACCUAAAAAGCUCUAAUGGCACCUACAUUGGGAGUAAAAAAAUACUCGUUGGAGCUACAUUAUCUGCAAAGCAUAAUGACUUAAUAGGUUUUGGAUGGACCACAGUGGUCAGCUCGCUUCCAUCCAUCACUGACAAUGACAAGCAUGUUUAUAAAUUAGUCAACGAAAACUACAAUGAAACUGCAUUCAACAGAGAAUCUACAUCUAACAAAAUACAAUAUCUUAGUGACAGUGAUGAUAACCUAGAAUCGAAAAUUUCUUCCAUGGAUGCAGGGGAGGCCAAUGCAAAAGAACUUUUAUCUAAUAAAGUAAAAUCAGAGUCCAAGUCCUUGAAAAGAAAAUCACUUGAUAACAUUGAUGCUGGUAGUACAAAAAUUAAAAAAGAAGAUAAUGUAACUGAUUCUAGUUUAUACAAUCAUGUAACAAAAAAACGAGAUGAGGACAAACAACAAAGCUCAAAUGUCAUCAACCUUUUAUCAGAUAGUGAUAGUGAAGUAACAACCAAAGAUUCUAAAAAGAGCUUACAUGACACUAAGAAAGUUAAAAUGGAUCCUAUCUUAGAGGAACAACCUAAACAUGAAACUAAGAAUAUUAAAAACAAUCCCAUUUUCGAGGAUCAACCAAAAUGUGACGCUAAGAAAAUUAAAAUUGAUCCAAUUAUAGAGGAACAACCAAAAUUAACAGUGAAAGAAGAAGUAUUGAAUACUGAAAAUGAAAUGUCUGAUUAUGAAGUGUUUGAUGUAAAGCAAGAGUAUUUAGGAUUUGACGAUAAUGAACUCAUUCAAAUAGAGGAUAGUGAUACUGAUAGUGAAUCAGAACAAUGGCUAAUGAGACUUUCCCAAAGCUCGCCUGGCAAACCAUUCAUGAGAUGCAGCAGUGAAAUAGUUCCUCAGCAAGAAAACACAUCAUACAGCCAAAUAGAUCCCAUUAUUGACUUAGAUAAUGAUGAAGAAUUCUAUGAUGAUAUAAUCAGUAUUCCGCCACCUCCACAACCUAAGGAAUCGGAAAAUAAGAUAAGUCCUAAUGAAACGAAUAUAUCUGCAAAAAAUAAAGAGUUUUUCGGGGAAAUAACUGAUGAAGAAGACUUUUUGAAUGAUUUGAUAAGCCUUGGUGCACCAAAAACUCCCACUGCACAUGAGGAUUUCGAGAAAGGUGAAGACAGAGUAGAUGGUUGUUCUACAGUUCCACCCAAACCUGCUGUUGAGAACCAAAAUGAUAUUGGAAAGAAAACACAAAUGAUUGAGCCACUUGUGCAGAUACCAAAGAGGAAAUCACACUAUACCACUAUUAGUCCUGAAGGUAAAUCAAAAGUUACUACAUCAUCAAGAAGUACUUCUGUAAAACCAUCUUCAUCAUCUUCCUCAAAGAGGAGUAAGUCAUCAAAACAGUCCUCGUCUAAAAAUCAGAUUAGUGUGGCACUAAAAGAAGAACGAAGAAAGAAAUUAAGGGACAUUGCUAAUAAAGAUAAACAAACAGACCUAAAUUCUAGUAAAACUGAUAUUUCGGACAAUCAAUCCAAUAAAGCAAAGGUUAAUAUUAAACAAACGUCUUCCAACCGAGGGGCGUUCUUGGCAGAGGAACAAGUGGCGCAAGCAAUUGUAAAACCUAUGGCAAGAAAAACUAGUCCAGAAAAACCUCAUAAAACAAAAAGCAAGAAAACGGAAACAUCUCGCAAAAGUUCACAUAGGGAGGCGCGUUCCGAAGACAUUGAAAACUCGAAAAAACGAAAAGAAAAAGAUACUAAACAGCCAGAAAAAGUUGAAACCAAAAGACCUCAGAAACCGUCUGACCGACGGGUACCACUGAAGAGCCUUAAACCACUGUCGGAAAGUGAAGAAACAAAGAAACCAAUAUCAAAAGUAGAUCCCAUGCCCCCUAAAAAAGCAAAGAAAUCGGUCCGUUUUUCUGAUGCACCUCCUCAAAUUGUCGAAUUUGAAAUUGAGCCGGGAAACAGACUGAACAAGACUAGCUCUAUAAAAACUACACUUGUAGACACGCCUCGAAGAAUGCCGUCAUUCUCUUUAGAAAAAUUAACUUUAAUCAAAAUACUGAUAUGGAAUCCUCAUUGGCUAGAUGAGCAGAUUAAUAAUAAUGACCCGCCUCCAAUAUUAGGACAUAAUAAUAUUCCCUUGAAUAUUUUUCAAGCAUUUGAUAAUCAUCAUCAGUACGUUGGGCAAGUUGGUGACCUGCUUUUGAUGGAGAUUUGGGAAUGUAUAACGCAGGGCUACAUGAGAGUAAGGGAUCAGAACACUGGAAUCCCUAUGAAAAUUACUUCACUGCCACCUCCACCACCUAAAGAACGCGUACACGACUUAUUCAAUAUUACUGUAGAAAUUGCUGUACCAAGGUCUGAAACUAGAAAUGUACCAAGAAUGGGAGACAUAAUGAUUGUCUAUUUCGGGCCAGAAAACGCAAAGAAUUCAAGAUUUCUCUAUGUGACUAAUGUCCAACAACCAAAUAACAGACGGCCUUGUUUCACAGUAAAUCUGAAUGCAAUUUUCACUGACAAGAUGAGGUCAAUGCACCCUGGCGACGUAUUGAUCGGGAAGAGCCUAGCGUAUAUACAGAAAGAACUGGCUCUAUACGAAGCAAUGGAGUACAUGGCGAGGUCUCCACUUAGCGAGGCCAUUUUAAGGCCGGAGCCACAACAUUUCCCGGAAGUACCACACCAUCCAGAAUGUAACAUGAACUCAAAGUGGGUCACAGGUCUAAACGACAGCCAAAAGGCGGCCAUAAGCGCAUCCGUGUCGGCGGCGCUCGGAGACCGGCCGCGCAUACAGAUGGUGCAGGGACCUCCUGGCACAGGCAAGUCGGCGGUGAUCACGGCGAUGGUGAUGGCGUACUUCUACGACCCGGCGGAGCGGCGGCUGCAGAACCGCGGCAAGAUCCUCAUCUGCGCCACCAGUAACGCGGCCGUCGACGAGCUCGUCUGCCGGCUGCUGAUCAUCAGGCAGACGCUGCCCAAGAACGAGCGGUUCCGCAUGGUGCGCGUGGGGCGCGCCGACGCGAUGAACCCGCGCGCGCGCGACGUGAGCUCGCAGGGGCUGGCGCAGCGCGACGCGCGCGUGCGCCCCGACCAGCAAGCGCCCGCGCUCAAGGAGGAGGUAUUAUCACACUCAUGGGUCACAGACGAGCGGCUCCGCAUGGUGCGCGUGGGGCGCGCCGACGCGAUGAACCCGCGCGCGCGCGACGUGAGCUCGCAGGGGCUGGCGCAGCGCGACGCGCGCGUGCGCCCCGACCAGCAAGCGCCCGCGCUCAAGGAGGAGGUAUUAUCACACUCAUGGGUCACAGACGAGCGGCUCCGCAUGGUGCGCGUGGGGCGCGCCGACGCGAUGAACCCGCGCGCGCGCGACGUGAGCUCGCAGGGGCUGGCGCAGCGCGACGCGCGCGUCCGCCCCGACCAGCAAGCGCCCGCGCUCAAGGAGGAGGUAUUAUCACACUCAUGGGUCACAGACGAGCGGCUCCGCAUGGUGCGCGUGGGGCGCGCCGACGCGAUGAACCCGCGCGCGCGCGACGUGAGCUCGCAGGGGCUGGCGCAGCGCGACGCGCGCGUCCGCCCCGACCAGCAAGCGCCCGCGCUCAAGGAGGAGGUAUUAUCACACUCAUGGGUCACAGACGAGCGGCUCCGCAUGGUGCGCGUGGGGCGCGCCGACGCGAUGAACCCGCGCGCGCGCGACGUGAGCUCGCAGGGGCUGGCGCAGCGCGACGCGCGCGUGCGCCCCGACCAGCAAGCGCCCGCGCUCAAGGAGGAGGUAUUAUCACACUCAUGGGUCACAGACGAGCGGCUCCGCAUGGUGCGCGUGGGGCGCGCCGACGCGAUGAACCCGCGCGCGCGCGACGUGAGCUCGCAGGGGCUGGCGCAGCGCGACGCGCGCGUCCGCCCCGACCAGCAAGCGCCCGCGCUCAAGGAGGAGGUAUUAUCACACUCAUGGGUCACAGACGAGCGGCUCCGCAUGGUGCGCGUGGGGCGCGCCGACGCGAUGAACCCGCGCGCGCGCGACGUGAGCUCGCAGGGGCUGGCGCAGCGCGACGCGCGCGUCCGCCCCGACCAGCAAGCGCCCGCGCUCAAGGAGGAGGUAUUAUCACACUCAUGGGUCACAGACGAGCGGCUCCGCAUGGUGCGCGUGGGGCGCGCCGACGCGAUGAACCCGCGCGCGCGCGACGUGAGCUCGCAGGGGCUGGCGCAGCGCGACGCGCGCGUCCGCCCCGACCAGCAAGCGCCCGCGCUCAAGGAGGAGGUAUUAUCACACUCAUGGGUCACAGACGAGCGGUUCCGCAUGGUGCGCGUGGGGCGCGCCGACGCGAUGAACCCGCGCGCGCGCGACGUGAGCUCGCAGGGGCUGGCGCAGCGCGACGCGCGCGUCCGCCCCGACCAGCAAGCGCCCGCGCUCAAGGAGGAGGUAUUAUCACACUCAUGGGUCACAGACGAGCGGCUCCGCAUGGUGCGCGUGGGGCGCGCCGACGCGAUGAACCCGCGCGCGCGCGACGUGAGCUCGCAGGGGCUGGCGCAGCGCGACGCGCGCGUCCGCCCCGACCAGCAAGCGCCCGCGCUCAAGGAGGAGGUAUUAUCACACUCAUGGGUCACAGACGAGCGGCUCCGCAUGGUGCGCGUGGGGCGCGCCGACGCGAUGAACCCGCGCGCGCGCGACGUGAGCUCGCAGGGGCUGGCGCAGCGCGACGCGCGCGUCCGCCCCGACCAGCAAGCGCCCGCGCUCAAGGAGGAGGUAUUAUCACACUCAUGGGUCACAGACGAGCGGCUCCGCAUGGUGCGCGUGGGGCGCGCCGACGCGAUGAACCCGCGCGCGCGCGACGUGAGCUCGCAGGGGCUGGCGCAGCGCGACGCGCGCGUCCGCCCCGACCAGCAAGCGCCCGCGCUCAAGGAGGAGGUAUUAUCACACUCAUGGGUCACAGACGAGCGGCUCCGCAUGGUGCGCGUGGGGCGCGCCGACGCGAUGAACCCGCGCGCGCGCGACGUGAGCUCGCAGGGGCUGGCGCAGCGCGACGCGCGCGUCCGCCCCGACCAGCAAGCGCCCGCGCUCAAGGAGGAGGUAUUAUCACACUCAUGGGUCACAGACGAGUGGCUCCGCAUGGUGCGCGUGGGGCGCGCCGACGCGAUGAACCCGCGCGCGCGCGACGUGAGCUCGCAGGGGCUGGCGCAGCGCGACGCGCGCGUCCGCCCCGACCAGCAAGCGCCCGCGCUCAAGGAGGAGGUAUUAUCACACUCAUGGGUCACAGACGAGCGGCUCCGCAUGGUGCGCGUGGGGCGCGCCGACGCGAUGAACCCGCGCGCGCGCGACGUGAGCUCGCAGGGGCUGGCGCAGCGCGACGCGCGCGUCCGCCCCGACCAGCAAGCGCCCGCGCUCAAGGAGGAGAUCUCGAGACUGACUGCCAAAAUCAACAUGUGGAAAAGCCAGAGCCGCGAUGCCAAAGAUCCGUCCCGCAUCGCCUACUGCGAGGAGCGCGUCAAGCAAUUCACACUCAAGAGAGCACAGUUAGGAGGGUCGGGCGAGGGCGCCGAGGAGCCUCGGGCCGAGGAGGUGGCGCGCGCCGAGCGCCGCAUCAUCGAGGGCGCCGACAUCGUGCUCACCACGCUCGCCUCCGCCAUCAACCACAAGAUGCGCGGGUUAAAAAGACGUAUCGCGUUAUGCAUCGUGGACGAGGCGGGGCAGGCGAUCGAGCCGGAGGCGCUGAUCCCGCUCACGCUCGACGUCACGCGGCUCACGCUCAUCGGCGAUCCGCAACAGCUGCCCGGCUACAUCUGCUCACAGCGCGCGAAACGUCACGGCCUAGGCGAGAGCUUAUUCUCGCGUCUAGCGGGCAGCGCGGAGAGCUGGCGGCGGACGCCGGUGGUGCUGCUGGACACGCAGUACCGCAUGCAGCGCGCCAUCGCCGAGUACCCGGUGCGCACGUUCUACGCGGGCCGCGUGGCCUGCGCCGCCGCGCCGCGCCCGCCGCUGCCCGUGCUGCCCUACUCCAUCCUCGCCGUGGCCAGCGGCGACAAGGGCCAGGGUGCAUCAGGCAGCAACGACAUGGAGGCGUGGGGCGUGACUCGCCUAGCAAUCGCACUGCGCGAGGUGGCGCGGCGGCUGAACCUCAACAUGGCCAUCAUUACUCCCUACAACGCGCACAAGGAGCUCAUCAAGAGGAACCUGAAAGCACUGCAGCAGGAUCAAUCGGAACCAGUGGAGGUUAACACGGUGGACAGCUUCCAAGGGCAAGAACGAGACAUCAUAAUAGUGUCGCUAGCUCGCUCGCACGGCGUGGGCUUCCUGACGGACGCGGGUCGCCUCAACGUGAUGCUGACGCGCGCCAGGCACGCGCUCGUCAUCGCGCUCAACCCGCAUGCCUUCAUGAGAAACGAUCAGUGGCGUACUUUGGUCGAAGAUGCUCAAAGGAGACGAGUUCUACGGCAGCUGCCGAACAAAUUGUGCCAACCUCUCAUCCCUGGUCAACCCGUCGAGGAAAUCCUGCAGUACAUAAACUAAGAGCCAUAUCCACA